CGGCCGGGCAGGGCUCAGUGUGAGGCGAGCCGUAGAGCGGGCUGGUAGCUGCUGUGCCCCGUGCAGCCGUUCGCUUCCACCACACCCCACAGCCAGGCCGAGCCACCAUGGCUGAUCAACUGACAGAAGAGCAGAUUGCAGAAUUCAAAGAAGCUUUUUCACUAUUUGACAAGGAUGGUGAUGGUACUAUAACUACAAAGGAGUUGGGGACAGUGAUGAGAUCGCUUGGUCAAAACCCCACAGAAGCAGAGCUACAGGAUAUGAUCAAUGAAGUAGAUGCUGAUGGCAAUGGCACAAUUGACUUCCCAGAGUUUCUGACAAUGAUGGCGAGAAAAAUGAAAGAUACAGAUAGUGAAGAAGAAAUUAGAGAAGCCUUCCGUGUGUUUGAUAAGGAUGGUAAUGGUUAUAUUAGUGCUGCAGAACUUCGCCAUGUGAUGACAAAUCUUGGGGAGAAGCUAACAGAUGAAGAAGUUGAUGAAAUGAUUAGGGAAGCAGACAUUGAUGGUGAUGGUCAAGUAAACUAUGAAGAGUUUGUACAAAUGAUGACAGCGAAGUGAAGACGUUGUACAGAAUGUGUUAAAUUUCUUGUACAAAAUUGUUUAUUUGCCUUUUCUCUGUUUGUAACUUAUCUGUAAAAGGUUUUUCCCUUACUGUCAAAAGAAUAUGCAUGUAUAGUAAUUAGAAGGCCAUUCCUCCAUGUUUUUCUCCUUUAUCUUACUGUCAUUGUUCUGAUUUUUGGAAAAUUGAUCAAAGUAACAAAUGUUGCAUGUGGCUUACUCUGGAUAUUUAAGCCCUUCUGCACAUCUAAAGUUAGAUGGAGUUGGUUAAAUGAGGGAACAUCUGGGUUGUCUGUUUAAAAAAAAUAGCUGUAGGAGACUUAGGUAUGACUAAUGUAACAAGUUACAUAAAGUAAGUUAGGGUUUACUGUGCAUUAGCUAUUCCUUAGUUAAAGCACCAAGCUGGCUCUAGUUCUCCAGUAUGUACAUGAUAGUUUAUUCUGCUUUCUGUGAUGGUGGAUGAGGACUCUUGUGCUUACCUGCAGGAUAAAACCAUGUGAACAGUACAUAGUGAAGUGGCUAAUGCACUGUAAAAAUCUCUUCUAACUUGUUUCAUGGUAACUUGUUUGUGGUCAUACCUGUAACAUGUUGUUGAAAUGUGGAGUCUUAACUUUGUGGACGAUUGACAGUCAACAAUAUGAAACUUAAAAGUUGCACUAAUGCAAAACGGGUGUAUUAUCCAGGUACUCGUACACAAUUUUUUUUGUACUGCUGGUCCUGUACCAGAAAACAUUUUUUCCUCUUGUUACUAUGCUUUUUAAACUUUGUUUAGCCACUUAUUUUCAAAAAUCUGCUUAUGGCACGAUUUGCCUCAAAUCCAUUCCAAGUUGUAUAUUUGUUUUCCAAUAAAAAAUUACAAUUUACCCAUA